AUGCCAAGAGAUUGGGCACUUCCAAAAAAUACAAGAUUUGUCAAGAAAAGCAGUGGAAAAAAAAUUAAAGCUAAGUUCGUUGUCUAUCUGAAACAAUUUUUUUUAAAUGGUAACCUAAAUCUCAAGGACAAGCUUACUGCCAAAAAAAUGUAUGAGGAAUUGUUGAAGCUCGUGUAUUCUGAAGAAAUUGAUAAGGACCAUGUACCCAAAGUUACUCUAUCCAAAACUGGAUUGGACAAUAUUCAAGGGAAUUUAACCAAAAAGGGACAGUCAUU